UUGGGCAGGCGACCAUGGAUACCUGGGUCUUGUGGUUCUUGCUCUUGCAAAGUGUACUCCAGUACCCACAGCCUGUGGGUGAUGGAUUGGACGAGGUGACCCGUCUGCGAAUGGAGGCGUGGGCCAAGCUCCAGGAAGAGGAGAAGAUUCGUCUGGAGCGGGAGGUGGAGCAGCUGGCCCUGAAGCAGGGUGUGUGGGACUGGGGAGAUCUGCUCUGCUCUGCCUUGUGGCUCUGGCAGCACUGGGCUGUUGCUGGGCUCCUGCUGCUUCUCUUGGCCUUGUGGUACAUGUGGAGGAAAAGGAGGCUGAGGAGAGACAUGCAUCAAGAUGUAAACGAUCGCGAGAAUGAAAACGAAGCCAGAUUUUUGGAUGUAAUCGAUGAAGGUGCUGGAAAUGAAGAUGGCGAUGUGGGAAAUGAAGGAGAAGAAGAUGAUGAAGAUGAAGACAAUGGAGUAAAUGGGGAGGAAAACAACAAUCAUGAUGGCAAUGUACAGGAAGUCAACAACGCUGGUGCACAUGAAGAAGGUGAUGUUGCAAAUGGAGACGAGGAGCUGGAUGAUGACGAUAGAAUUGGAAGAAUGGUAAUGGAGCGCAUCCAGUGGCCAGUGCAGGACCUGCCUAUAAGAUGCCAGUGGAUAAGUCUCCUCAUGGAGAAUUUUGCAUUUUACUUUCGGCACGUCUUGUCCGACACCUUCUACCCAGUCCUGCAGGGAGCCAUUGGGGUGGGCAGUGCCUUUGAAGGUUGGAGUCCCCGUGAGGAGGAUGUUGUGUACCAGGUGCUGGUACCCAUGACUCCUCCCCGAGGGCACAGCUUCCACCUGGAGCUGGACACUGCAGGGCAGAGGCGCGUCAGGAACUUCCGCGUGCGUGUGCAGCAGGAGUGCACCUGCGGCAGGGCGCAGCGGGGUAAGGACAUGCUGUGCUUCCUGCACCAGCCCGAGGAGGAGCUGAGGACGAAGCAGGAUCCCAGCCUCGUUGACACGCUGUGCACCGACUCCUACCUGGACGUGCACAAAACUGCCCGCUGGUUCUACCAGCUGGUGAGAGCAGUCUGGCCGGCUUUGCUUCAGUCCCACAGUUGGCAUUUAGUGCUGCUGCCCUGCAGACGCUCCUGCCAAUUCCAGGUGACCAACGGCAGGGAAAGCUUCCGCAUCGAGAUGCUCUUUGGGGUGAGACAAGGCGACUCGGACGUGUUUGUGAGCAGCGAGCCUCGAGAAGCCUAUACCUCAAGCACAGUGUGGCCGGAGAGCUACGCCGUGGCAGAGAUGAAGUUCUUCAAGUACAUCGCCAGGCGGGCCCCCUAUGACAGCUUGCACCUCAAAUGCCUGCAGUUCUUCACCCGUCUGCAGCUGGGCUUGGGCUUUUCCACCUACACCAUCAAGACUAUUGUCAUGCACCUCCUGAGCGUGGUACCCGUGUCACAGUGGCGCAGGAGACAUUUUGUGAGGCGAGUGCUGGACAUCAGCGAGGGCCUUCGCACAUGUGUGCAAAUGAGACGCCUCAACCACUUCAUUGUGGGCAACCGGAGGCUUCCUGAGGGGAUCAGUUUGCCCCCAGAUGUCCAAAUGGCCGUGUAUUACAAUCUCUUCCAUGACCUGGAGAUGGAUCCCAUUGCCCACUCCCAGGCCAUGAGUCAGUACGUGGAUCUGUACCGGUGGCUCAAACGGAUCCUUGACAAUGAAGACUGAAGGUGUCUCUCUUGCAUGGAGUUGUGCUUGUGGGGGCCCACACCUGGCACAACCUUCCAGGCCAUGGCAGAAGAGGGCAGAAUGUGGGAUACAGAGAGGGAAGCUGCACUGUUCUCCUUGCAGCAGCAGCAGCAGGGUCGUGCCAGCAUUCUCUCCAGCACUGCACCCAGAGCUGACCCUGCUGACUACAAAGAUCGAGGUGCUCGCCAGAGGAAAUGCUUUUAUUCCUUUUCCUGCUCUCUGGGCUCUGUGUGGAGAAUCUACAGCACGGGAAACAGUUGACACACACCUCAGUGUGCAAUACACGGAGAAGGUGCUGCUGAGUCGACAGUGGCAAUUGGUGCUACAACUUCCCUGCAGAUCAAAGGGAACGCAGGGAGUCAGAACUGAUGUAAUCAUUUCCAGGGGACUUGUUAGAGAGUGUCCCACUACCACCAUGACUGUGACUGCCCACGCCUAUUUCUUUGAGUCCAUUUGCCAUCCCAGAGCUUCCUCUGGUCAAAGAAGUCAAUUUCAGAAUCUCAGAGGAGAGAAUGUUUGAAAGGAAACGCGGUUGGAUCAUGUGGUCCAGGGCUGCUCCAGCAGCGUCUUCCUGCUGUGCAUUGCAAGAGAUUGUGUUCAGAUGGUUCUUGACUCUCAAUGGUGAGGGAGAGGCCACAGUCUCUGGGCAAUGCACAGGAUCAGUCAAUGGAUGGUGUUUCAACUUGUCCUCUGAAAGGAAAUAUCUAAGUCAGCAUUGUAUCAUCUGUGUUGGGGCUAACGUAAAAAUGUGUAUAGAUAAAAUUCUAGAUUUUAAUUUCAGAUAUAUAUAUUAUGUACAUAUAUGAUAUGCUGAAUACCUUAUAAAUUACUUUUUAAUAAGCAAAAUAGAAAAUAGUAAGCAAUGUGCCAAUAUAAGUAAUAUCAAAGAUAUGAAAUAUGAAACUAUUAUAACAUGAAAAAAUUAGUGUUGAGGUUUCUCUAUGCAGUUUUCUUUAAGUAAUAAUAUAUUGUAUAUAUAUAUUGUCAUUAUCUGCUGUGACAUAUAUUAGUGAUCUUGGUGCAAUUAUAUCAGGAAAGAUUGCCAUAAAAAUAGAUAUAUUUAUAACAUAUAAAAUGUAAAGAUACCAUAUAUUGCACCUAAGACAUUAUUUUUAUUUGUGCAAGUAAAAUCAUAGAUUGUGUCUCUGUCUGCUUGAGACACAUAAUUAUGCCCAAUUCUUACUGAACGUAUGUAUGGCAGGCCAGAAACUGCUUUUCUGUUCUUUUAAUAAACAAUACUAUUC